GACUCAUCUCUACUGGAGAAGCCACAAAGCUGUGAAGACAGCCGGGUGCAGACAAUAUUACUUUUUUGUAAGCUGAACUGCACAACAGUAUUUCUGGGGAAUCUGGAUUUGGACACUGGUUGCAUAAAGAGGACAAACUGGAUAUAGCCCUGAAUAAAAUGUCAACAUUCACUGUAGGAAAACCAUCGCAUAUCAAAAAUGAUUCUAAGAAUGCUUCCCUUGCGAUGAAGAGCAGACAGAAAGCUAUUAAUGAGGUCAACAAGCGAAGAACCCUUUUGCAAGACAAUAGCUGGAUAAAGAAAAGGCCUGAGGAGGAAAGCACCAAUGAAAACUAUGGCAGAGUUGUUCUUAAUCAGUAUAAAUCACAAGAUAGCUUGCACAGGAACCUAGAAGGGGAGAAGAAUGAGAAAGCUAUGCUUAAUCGAUACAGAUCUGAUAAUACUUUAGACAGGAUUCCUGGCGGAAGCGAUACUGGUGAGGCAAACACCUCACCUGUCUUAGACAGCAGGAUAAACAAGAGGUACCAAGACCUAAACAAUCUCAUCAAAGUGAAUCAUAUGUCUAAAAUAGCUAAGGACGGAUAUCAGGAUGUGGAGGAUCUCAUUGAAGUGAAUCGUAUAUCAAACCAGAAAGGCAGAUCCUCUGACCUGGACAGUUUCAUUGAAAUCAAAGAUAAAAGAAAUCAAAGGGCUAUGAUUGGCAAAGAAUUGUGUACCUAUUGCCAGAAGCCAUUGGGCACAGAAACCAAAAUGAUUCUCGAAUCUCUAAAUAUUUGCUGUCAUGCAACUUGCUUCAAGUGUGAAAUCUGCAAAGCAACUUUAGAAAACCUGGAGGCAGGAGAUAGUAUCUGGAUUUACAAGAACACAGUGCACUGUUCACCAUGUUAUUCUCAUGUUAAAGCCACGUGGACUUACUAAUUGUUAAUGAAUUCUGAUCAAACGUGUGCUCAGAUAUUCCAGCUAUCUUUAUUUGUAUCUGAAAGUUGUAUUUUUUUAAGAAUAAGAUAUUUCAAAAAUCCACAUUCGGCACUUGAGCAUAAAAUAAGACCAUUUCUAAAUGAAAGAUAACGUAUGUACUUAGAAUCUUUUUAGAUGUUUUCAUUGUUGGUGAGAAAAAAUGUUUACAAUUGUCGCAUUAUAUUGAAUAAAGGACGCAAAGAGUUGUACUGUAAAUACAGCAUAGGAAGGUAGCUAUCUUUGCUUAACAUAUUCUGUUUUGUGUUCAUGCAUUGAUAAUUCACAUAUGGGUGUUCAUCAUAUAGAUAGAAAGGUCUUCUUUAGCUGCAGCAGUUCUUAAGAGAGAGAGAUUUUGCAACUUUGGUUGGGACUGUUGAGUUUGAGAGGAACCAAAUCACCAUGAAAGCUGCCAGAAAACAAGCAAGAUGAAAUCAAGUGGAGUCCAUGUGUUUAUGAACCAUUCUUUUCCUAUUAUUAAUGAACCCUAAAUGUUGAGUCUGCUUCACUUCACUUCCAUUCAUACUGUAACUCUGGGGAAGAGAACACUGGGGGUUAAUCUAUUCUCCAAAGCACCUGAAAGCAGGACAAGAAGCAAUGGAUGGAAACUAAUCAAGGAGUGAAUCAACCUAGAACUAAGGAGACAUUUCCUGACAGAACAAUUAAUCAGUGGGACAAGUUGCCUCCAGAAGUUAUGGGUGCUCCAACCAACACUAGAGAUUUUUAAGAACAGAUUGGUCAGCCAUUUUGUCUGAAAUGGUAUAGGGUUUCCUGCUUGAGCGGGGGAAGUUGGACUAGAAGAUCUCAAAGGUCCCUUCCAACUCUGUUAUUCUGUUACUGCUUGCAAGAAAAUCCAUCUUCAGUCUGCUCAUUUUUACACAUUUUACUCAAUUUCCUUUACAGAGAUUGUCCCUGUCUAAAAUUAAGUCAAUGUAGCAAUGUCACCUACAAAGAAAUAUCAAAAGGCCAAAAUUGUAAGUGCAACUGUGGAUCCAGGUUCUGCCUUUUUAUAUAUUUAUCUGCUAUUGGUUCAUGUACAAAGGUGUAGGGUUUUGGUCUAAACCACCUAUUUUUUAGUUGCUUUAGUCACUCCAUUGAAGAUGGUGCUGCGAAUAUGGUCUUCUACUCGCAUUUGUAUUGGUUAUAUUAUGCUAAUUUGUAAAGGGCAAGUCAGGUUGUUAGCAUCCUGAUGCAAUCAUUUAAAGACACAGAUAUGGGAAAAGAAGUGCAUCCUCAUAGGAUCUGCAGCCAAACAUCAACUCUUAUGAUUUAAAAGUACUUACCCUGUGGUAUCAAUAGUAAAUAUUCAAAUAAUCCAAAGUAAAUCUGAACUAUUAAUUGAUAUAAUUUAAGGCAUUUAUUGUAGCACAUAUUACAGAAUCAUAUUAUACACUGUGCAUAUUUUAAUAUAAAUAUGGAUACAUAUUUUUCUUUUCUCUUUUGAACCUGCGUGAGCAGUAGUGUAAAGAAUUUACCUUGAUAUGGAGAAAUAUUUAAAAAAAUUAAAGUGAAAGAAAAAAAUAAAAU